AUGGCCGAUAUCCCUGCCCACUUGGACGAGGGCAGGCCAAUAACCCUUCUUCCUGUGGGUUUGAAGGAAGCGGCCCUCGAUUCUCCAACAUUUAGAUCGGGGUUCACUCACUUCUCCGAGCAAUUCGACCUCGUGGAGAAAUGGCUAGAAGGCUACGUAAAGUGUACUUCAAGGUUAUCACACGAAGUUGCAAAUUUCGAAUCUUUGGUCAACGGAUUCCUUACACAGACGACACCGCCUACCUACCUUUCCGAGGCCGUCAUUGAUCAUGACUACACGUUGCUGGCAAUGAAGAGAUAUAGCGAGGGUGCGAAGGAGUUUUGGACGGCAACCAUGUCUGGACUUAGGAAAAUUCAGGUGAACAUAGUAGAACCUAUCCGGACUUUUCUCUUGAACGACCUUCGAUCGUUCAAGGAAACUAGGCGAAAUCUUCAUGUCACGCAGAAGGAGCUUGAUAACCUGCACUCACGCUACUCCGGUCAAGCCAAGACCAAGGAAGCUUCAUCUUUGCGAGAAGACGCCUUCCAACUCCAUGAAGCGCGAAAAGCCUAUUUGAAAGCAUCGAUGGACUUCAGUGUCACAGCGCCACAGCUACGAAUGGCACUAGACAAGAUGCUUGUGAAAGUAUUCGCAGAUCAAUGGCGCGACAUGCGGACCCCUCGGCAGAACAUAAGCGGCUCUAUCGGAAAGUGGGGCAGUGACAUUGAGAGAGUCAGAGGUUGGAGUCGUGAGAUGGAGAAUGGGGAAAAAUCCUUCCGACGAGAGCUCCAGACUGCCAGGAAACAGAUUGAAGAGAGCGCGGAAGCGGCGUCUCGCCCCUCACGCGAACUAGAGGAUUAUGCUGUUGGGUCAGCCUCGGCAUCCGCGGUCAGAGCGCCUUCUACUACCAACCUGCAAACGCCGGGUGGUAGACCACGAUCUGCCAGGUCUGAGAAACAAGGCUGGCUUAACUUGCGGACUGUCUCGGGAAAGCCCUCAAGGACUACAUGGCUCCGGAAAUGGUUUUUUGUGAAAAACGGCAUUUUUGGGUGGCUCGUACAAGGCACUCGAUCUGGUGGCGUUGAAGAAAGUGAGCGCAUCGGACUUCUACUUUGUAAUGUGAAGCCUGGUAAUGCGGACGACCGAAGAUACGUAUUCGAAGUGAAGACCAAAGACACCACUAUAGUCGUCCAGGCUGAGACCGCUCCUGAACUAGUGGAAUGGCUUGCAACGUUUGAGAUUGCCAAACAGAAAGCUCUUGAAGACCCAGCAAGCACGGAGUCUCCCGGUCUCGGUCCUCGGGCUCAAGAUCCUGCCUUUGCGAUCUCUCCCCCAAGCGCACCAGAAUUUGCUGCAAGUGCUGCUGAUUCUGGGAUGCCACAACACACGGACGACAACUCCGGUACAUCCGGACUGGACCGAAGCUCAACUCUCCCUGUGCCUGGAGGAGACCCUUCUGCUAAUAGGAGCAGCUUCGAUGUCACCAGUCAUCGACGCUCGUUCACCGAGAGAGAAGUAGAUGUUAGCAGAGAUCCUGCGUCGAGAAUUAUACAGAGGCUAGAUCUUCAUCGGAAGCCAUUGGGAAGUGAUAAAUCGGCUGGCUCGCUUGCUAGCCCUGGACUUUCUGGAGGCGGUAUUGCUAGUCUUAUAGCAGCCAGUCACACGUCCAUGCCCGUUGGACCUGGAGCGCUACCAACACCUCCGCCGUCCGAGACACCAGUAUCAAGGAAAUCGUCUGCACCGAUUCUUAGCAUGCGAGAUCUACCUAUGAGCACAUUAGCCCCCAACACCCUAGCAAACCCACCUGCACCCACGAAUCUUAGUGCAGCAGCUGUGAUCGUUAAUGGCGAGAAAGGUAUUGGCGUAGGUCGUAUAGAUGCGUCAGGUGGUAUGCCCAGCGGUCUCAUGGCCAACAUAUGGGGGAGUGCAAAUUGGGGUCAUCUCAAUAGGCUGGAACGUGGUGAGGUAAAAUCUCCGCAGGAGAAGCCUAUGAAGUUAUCAGACCCACCAAGCCCUAUGGCUCGCCCCUCGAAUGCUUCUUCUGCAAGCGGAUCUCCUCUUCACAACGCCGCAGUCUUGGGAGCUAGCGAUUCGGCCUCAGGCUCUAUUGGACUAGACAAGACUACCGGCAUGCCAUCAGCACCAUUCCCUUCACAUCGUAAAACUAUCAGCCUUGGUGGGGACGAGAAAAACGAGAGCUCUCAGCUAGACUAUCCCAAUUACUAUCCGCUGCAGCUCAAGAUGCAAGACGCGCAGUUCCGACUGUUGUUUCCCAAUGUGCGUCGAGAUGAAAGACUUGUAUUAGUAUUUAAGGCCACGUGGAGUCCGAACGAGCAACAAGAGUUUCCAGGAAGGAUCUUUGUCACUGCUAAAGAGAUUUAUUUUUACAGCAAUCAUUGUGGUUUAACUUUAAUCACAGGUGUCGGCCUUGACUCAAUCUCAGAGAUCACAGCGGCGACGGGAAAAGAAUGUGACUUCGUCUUCUGUCAUAUGAAGAACAAUAACAACCAAACAACCGGUUACAAUCGCAUCACGAUCAAGACCUUUAUAGAACCGCUUAGUCUGCUUCAGCGGCGACUCAACUUCUUGGUGCGGAACCGCACAUCACAAGGGAUUGGCAUUGAAGAGAUCAUGAAGACUCUCAUUAAGAUGGAGCAAGAUGAUCCGGAAAGCAGCCCGAGCAUAGACAGCUGGGAAAACGUAUCCAUCAAUACGCCCACUGAUGGCGAUUCAACCCCCAGGCGCAAUGCAUCCCACAGGGAUCAGCGAGACCUCAGAGCGAGCGUGUUAAUUGACCGAGGGCUGUAUGGGAGUAGCGCUCUCCAGCUAGACAGCGCAGGAGACAGUAGCAAAGCCUUCAAACUUCCGAAGCAGCCUAUCACAUAUGCUCCAUCCGGAAUGGACAAGUUGGUUUUGGAGAGAAAUUGGGACAUCAGCCCGAAGGCUCUGUUUCAUAUUAUGUUUGGAGAUAAGAGUGUGGUAUGGCAACUUCUGUAUCACGAACGGCGGGCUCGACACAUCAAGCAAAAACCGUGGAGUAACCAACUGGAACACGGGUACUUGCGUCGUGAUUUCGAAUAUCAGAUCGAGUAUCUGGAUAUUUUGAGACGAGUACGGAUUGCCACAGUUGAAGACCACCAGAUGGUAGAGGUGGCUAAUGAACACCUCUUAUAUGUUAUCUCGGACCGCAAGCGCCCUUGGCAUCUCCCACAUCGCGAUAGUUUCCUCCUGCUCACUAAAGUGGUCAUCACUCAUCUGGCCAAAUCAAAGUGCAAAUUGGCCGUCUAUACCAAGGUCGAGUGGACUAGACCUCCACCUCUUAUGAAGGGUAUUGUUGCCGAAGCAGCACUGAAGGGACUUGAGCUUGACGCCUUGGACUUAGCAGACGUGAUUGCGGAGCAAGUGAGGAAUUUUGCAAGUGCCCAUGGUCGAACGAAGAAGGCGAUCCAGAUCUUUGGCUCGGUUGGGCUCCAGACGCAAGUUUCUUUGUUUGCUGGGAACGAUGCGCCAUUGACAUCGCAGUUGCGGCGUAAAAUGAGGCGCCGAACUUUGACAGCGCUCGCUUUCGAGUCUCUUGGUUCGCUUUUGGAAAGUGUCGCCACCUCGGCAGUGCAGAUAGUGUUUGACCUUGUACGAUGGACCUGGAAAACGAUCGACGCAAAUAGCGUUCUGCUCGCCAUUCUGGCAACGAGUGUCUUCGUCAACGUCAUCUUCUCUUCAACGGGCACGUCCGAGUGGUGGAGGGAACGGAAAGCUGGCAAUUUUAUGACUAGGUUGGGAGUCGGGCCAGACCUCACAAUGAGCAAAGCCGUCUACCUGCAUGAGAUUCAUGAAUUUAACGCUCUGGAACUUGACCUUCGAGAAGCUUCUAGCAGUCAAUGUCGAGAUACCUUUAGUAGCGUCAUGAAUCUUGGAAAUGAUUAUGCACAUCAGCAAUCACAACAGCUCCCCUCUAUGAGACCUUCGCAGACUCCAGCAGCUCGUCGUCUACAGAGGAGCCGAGAACACUUGGGCUUCCAAAGACAUGACUUGCUCGUGGCAAUGCGAGUGAUCAAUAACAUCGAGCGUGAGAUGCUGCAAGCCGAGUGGGAGAACUGGCUCUUAGAAGAGAACGUCAAAUGCAAGCAUUUAGGGGCUAUGCUGAGUCACAACACUACAGGGAAAAAGAACAGUGGGCAACAUGUUUUGGAUGGCGAAUCCAGACACCUCGAGGAGGUCCGGGCGUGGCAGAAGCAAUACUGCGACAGCUGUAACAAAGAGCUGGAAACCGUGGUGAUUUGA